ACUUGUGGAGAGCUCGUGGUUUAAACACUUCCACUGAAUCUAAGCAGCCAUGGCGAAAAUCAUCGGACGGCUGAGAUUCAUUUGUACGGACCCAAUCCCCGAAUAAUAUAAUUAUAUUUAUCCCUAACCUUACACUACCACCUUCCUUCUUGCUUAACUUCCAUUAAUAUUCCCUUACAAAAAUCCGCACAUUAUCCAAAUCUUUCAAUUUUCUACUAACAUGGCUUCCCUACCAAUGAUCUUCGGUCCGGUGGCCGGCGGAAGAGUGUUUGCUGCGACGGCGGCGAAGAGCGCCGGAGGAAGCAAAGAGGAGAAAGGACUGCUGGAUUGGAUCCUGGGAGGGCUAGCCAAGGAGGAUCAGCUGCUGGAGACUGAUCCCAUUCUGAAGAAGGUAGAGGACGAGAAGAACGGCACCGGCAGCACCACCACUCGUGGCCGGAAGAACGCGGUGGCGAUGCCUCCGAAGAAAAAGGGAGGUUUUGGUGGCCUUUUCGCCAAGAAUGACGAAUGAUUAAUUUGAUGAUGAUGCUUUGAAUUUUCGAUCAAUUGGAAUUGUUCAUUCGUUGCAUUUCGCCUUGAAUCCGCUGAAAAUUAUUGUUGUUAUAAUUAAUUACGGAAACGCUGAACUGAAGCUGUGCAAUUCUUGUUAUAUAUUUUUUUAAAAAUUUAUAUAAAUAUUUAUAUCGAAGAAUUUUAGGUCA